AGAUGUUGCACCGCAACAAAAAGCGAAGCUUCCCAACACCGCAAAUGCAGGUGAGCACGAAAGCAGUCCUGCUAGCGUGCGACUUGGUCUUGUCGUCGCUUUGUUCGGCCUGUCAGCGUCUUCUGGCGACAACAUCAUCGACCUCGACCCGACGCGACAAAACGGUCCGAACCUGACGAAUUCAACGUUUCAGGGUCUCUACCACAUCGCAGAAAACUAUCCUGAGGACCUUGACGCGAUAUCUAAUGUCUAUCAGAAGUUGGAUAAUGCUGCACUUGCGGGGUUAGAGGAUGCAGAUGGACACUCUGGUGGCGGCGGACAUAAUCCUUUCCAUCAUGCCCGCAGCAACAUGCCAAGCCGUGGUCUUGCUUCCGCACGUGGACGCAGUGGGUCGGCUUUACCCAGUAGCAGGAUGCGAAGUGGUUCGUCGCAUGCCAUGCACUCAAGUCGGAAGAACUCUGGAGUAUCGACUACAUCCGCUGUUCUGCACAGUGCUCGCGAAAAUAUCCAGUCUGCGCGCAGCGUCGCAGCGGGAUCUGCCGCAGGGACGAAGACUUCAGCUCCGAACGGUAGGGGUCCCUCAGCCGAGACGGCAAGCGCAGUAAUGCGCGCUGUUCCGAGUAGGUCGCAACUCAGGCAAUACAGCGAUCACGACAUCGAACGUAAUCACAAGGAGUACUUGCUGGUGCUCGAGCUCAUUCAACAGUGUCUCGAUUUGCCUCCACUGCGCGACGUGGCGCUGCGAUCGCUGGCAACUCGCUUUGUUUCGAGGUAUCGUGUGCUCGACUCAAUCGCGGACGCGCGAACGGAGGCAUUCCGAUAUCGACCAGCGUUUCUCCACCGUGUGCUUCUGUCGCAAGCGUCUGCCUUGUUCAAGCUGCUCGCGACAGAGCUGCAACAAGUGCACGAAUUUGCAGAGAGCUUCCGCCAAAAACUGCGUGAUUCGCAAACGAGCGCAAACGCAUUGGCGGGAUUGGAUGGUAUGUCUUCGUCGGCGUUUGCGAAACAACUAGACGGGGCGAACGCGAGCCUGCUGGAGUUGAGGAACGGACUCAGUGGCGCGAAAGCAGCAGCAUUUUGGAACAACUUCGACGAUCCCAACGACACAUCAGCUGUGAUUGAUGGCACAACAGUAUCUGGAAUGCUGUUUACUCCUGCUGACCGGCAAAGAUGUGAAUUCUUUCAAGCAGCUACGCAAAAUUUAUCGAAAGACAUGGUGAGUCGUUUCUUCAUGGUGACUAGCCAUAACGAACCCUUAAUCACAGCGAAAAUGCGGCAUCUGCUUGACGCGCUAGCUGUGGCUGACGACGACUUCUCGACGGGAGGCGCACCUCUUCCGGUUGAGCUCGAGCAGGCAUUAAGCCCAGCAGUUUCCGCUGCGCAAAGUCGUGGGUACUUCGACGAAACGAAGGACGUUUUGGCAUCACGGCGACGGGCUAAAGGUAGCCGUGUAGCCACCGGUGGGCCAAUCAGUGGCGACCGCGCGCAGACGUCGGUGGAUAUCGCAGCAGACCAAGGCGUCUUUGUCGGCAACGGUCCAGCCACUUCCUCGACCGGCCGGUCCUUCAUGGGUUCUGCGAAAGACGGACUUCCGAGGGAGUCGCGAUACAGUCAGCGUGGCCAGAAUAGGGGACCACCAAACAGUGGGAUGUCAGCAGGUAACUUCUCUCAGGCGACAGUUGGUGACCUCGCUGACGACGCUGUGCUCAAUCCGCGACCAUCGAGUCAGCUUUUCGACGGAUAUUCCAACUCAAGAGCUCUCGCGAUAGUGCAAGAGCCAAGUAUCUUUCCGCAUCUAUCAGGCGUAGGAGGAGGUGCAGCUUUUUCCCGUGGUCUUGACGUUUUUGCAGCUCCAUCAACGUCGGAUUCGUUGUUUAGUGGCGGUAAUAACGAAGAUGGCUCGGUGCAUAACUUCUUCGAUUGCGCGAGUUUCUAUCAUCUUUCAGGACUGCUGCUUCUUGCUGGUGCAACGCCGGAAACUGUGCCGUCAGAAGCUCUGCAAUCUGCUAGUACGACCGGAGCUUUUUUCACUGCUGCAGGCGGAAUGCCGCGACCUGGAUUCGGACCAAAUAGCAGCGCAGCGGCGCCUUCCGGUGUUAGCGCGACAGUCGCCUCUGCGCAGCCCUUGAACGUCGUGCUCUCCUCGAGACCUGCGACGCUCUCCUACUUGGACCUACGAACACGGAAGAUGUGUCGCCAGUUGUGUGCCCAGAAUCGGCGCAAGAUGGCUCGCGACCUUACAGAGGCGCUGCAACAAAACUUCUCGCAAUUCUUGUCGUGGGCGUUGCGAUACUGUAAGACAGACGAGAAGCAGCUUCGUGGAUCCUUCCGAUUACUGAUCGAUGCUGCUUUGGACGAAGCGGACGUGGAGUGCGGUCCACGCGAUGACGCCCUGGUGUCUGGAUCCGUCUAUGCGCGAUCGUCAACAUCAGGAUUGGCAGGCACAGGAAGAAGCGUAGACACAGACCGAGCCACCAUGAGGCGCCUCGACGUACUAGGCAGCAGCAUGAUGGGCAGUAUGCAGGUGCAACGUGAAGUGGUAUCGCAGUCAAGACAGGAAAUGGUCACAAGCUUUCUCUUUCUAGUGACACGAGCACUUCUGCAAGCACAUUGUCCUGGUAGACCGCAAGAGAUAGGCGCAGGCGCUUUUGUAAAUGAGAGCAAUGCCGAGGAUAACGAAACGCCACUGCUGUUCGAGGACACGACGGGAGACGAGAGGAGUGGCAUGAUUCCAAAGGGAAAUAGUGCUGUCCCUUUUUCAUUUUUCCAGAAUCUCGUGCAGAAGUUAUUUGAGUUUCUGCUGCACGUGCCCGCCGGAGCCGCAAAACUUUCCCUGUAUUCGGCCUUGCUCGCGCUGCUCCCGAGGAUAGAUCGCGGUUUGUUCAAACUCCCAGUUUCGACGGCAGCUGCAGCGGUAGACAUGCUUCUACUGGAUACAACGGCUUCGCCUCUCGCGGGAGGUUCUCCAUCGCUAAUUUCAGCUUUGGGUGGCCGCGAACAAACAUCUUUGGCCGUAGCUGCAUUGAGUGUGCUUCGCUUCAUCAUUCAAGAGUACAAACAAGUGGUUACAAAUAGCUUCCCUCCGAUGGCGCUGUUUUUACAGUGCAUGAAGCAGACGUUGAACUUGGCCCUGAACCACGCUAACAGCAUUCACGACACGGCAUACUUGAGUGCCGUACAGAGUCUCAUUCUUGCAGUGAAAGCAGCGCUGGCGCCUGGCAGUAGUGAGCAGGACAGCGGAUUACCUGACUUGGGAGAAGAUUUUGUCGUCGCGCUCUACGAAAGCGGGCUUCUCUCGUUGUGGAUGGAUGGUGCAACGACUCUGCUUCAAGGACCAAGAAGCAAAGGCGACCUAGUUUUGCUUCUACUGCCGUUUCUCUCGACCAUCUGUGAGUCAGCAGCAGACUAUGCGCCUUUGCUCCGGGAUUGCGAAAACUUCGUCUUCGUCUUGCUGGAGCGUACCAGCAUCACCCAGGACGCCUGCCAGCGUUGCGCCACAGAGAUGCUCACACUAAAAGCGACAAAACUAUCGACCCUGGAGGAGCAGAGAAGACAGCAACAACAGGAACGAAAUUGCAGGAUAACUGGAAUGACAGGAGGCACGAUGGGUAGAAACCUAGCGAAUAAUGGACAUGGAGCGUCUGGUGCUCCACUAGGCCAGCUCGUUCUGCGGCCUUCUGCCGGAGAUGAGAUGCUGUUGAGUAGCGAACAAGUGGUGCAAAUCACGUCCCAAGUGAUGCGACUCGCGUCCCAGUGCGUGUCGCACGAAGCGCAGAUGCUGGAAGAAAGACCACUGGAACUGACCUCGCGCGGCAACCAGAUUGUUGUUUUAGGACCACCAGCUGCAAAUGGAUAUCCUGGGGCAAACGGAGGAGCUCCAUCCGUGCCACCGUUCGCAACGAUGUCACAGCCAUUGCUAACUCGCCGCUCUGGCUUAGUGCAACAAGUGAGUCGCGACCUCUUAAUCGCAUGUUGUUUUGUGGGCGCAACCGUACCGGAGGCUGUCCAAAUCGGCUGCUACCUCUUGCAAAUAUUCAGGGACGAACUCACACCGUUCAUCACAGGAUCCACGCUUCAACGGGUUGCGGAUAUGCGCUUCUUGGCGCAACAGAUAGCGCAUCAAGGUAUACCCGAUACUCCUUACGCAGACGUGCUUCUACAAUAAGACCAUAGCAGCUUCUAAAGUGACUGAAUCACUAAAGAGUCAUCAUGAACUUCGACCAAAGCUUUUUUCAUCAUUCAACCCAACGACAACUUCUUAAACUAUAAUUCACAACAGGUUCCCUCAACCAGGCGGGUGCAGCACACGACACAAAACAAGGUCUUCUUGGCGCCGUGCGGAACUUCUUUACUGGCAAUCGGCAGACCUCACCAUACAACCGACCUUUAGCAGCCCCGACUUCUAGCGGCCCGGGCACAGCUCUGGGCGUCCUGUUGCCACCAGUCUCUCAGCAUGUCGGCGAAAGCGCUUUUGCCGGCACGUCAACGGAUCUCGAUGCUUUGUUGGACGCUGCCCACAAGAUCGUACCAUUAACGACCAAUAGCCAGCCUCUAUAUACCGCUGAUGCUAGAGGGGACGAGCAGAUGUUCGCUUCGUCUAUCAAAGAAGAAUCGGCGCUUGUUGACGAACCAUUGGACCUCUUGUCGGAGCAGCUUGCUUACACGAUCCUGCUCUACGCCUCAGCUUCAGAACGCAGAAUUUCUUCCGACGUCUCAGCAGGUCUAGGAAAAUUGGUGCAGCAAAGAUAUCCCCCAUCGGAUCCCAAACGAUUUGCCAACUCCUUCCUCGGCAAGAUACUGAGGUAGCAGCGAAAAACGCGUCUUCGAUGAACAAUUACCCACAUUAACGUUAAAUUGAGAAUAUACACGCGACCCUUUUCAGACAUUGAUAUAUCUCGUUUGCAAUUUGCGCACUAAGCAGGUAUUCCUGAUUCAUUGAUUGGCCCGACCAGAGAGGUCAGCAGAUUAUUUGUUAUCAUACUUAGCGAAGCAAGACAGGCGCGUACCGCUUUCUGUAGGUAUGUCUUUUUGUCAGUAGGAUGAAAAAGACUACGUAGAAGCGAUAUCGAUUCGUAAACAGUUUUCGAUAUUGUCGGCAAAUGCGCGAACGCGACAGAAUAAGAAAGAAACACUGGCAACCUUCGUGUGAGGUCUGCUUCCGACGGUUUAACCUGG